AUGGCCACCAGACGUGUGAGACUGGUCUGUAUAUCUGACACUCAUAAUCAAACGCCGAAGCUCCCGUCAGGAGACAUACUGAUCCACGCUGGAGACUUCUCUAACCAAGGCACCUUCUCAGAACUUCAAAAGACCAUAAGGUGGCUCCAACAGACACAAUGUCGGACGAAGAUACUCGUUUGCGGAAACCACGAUAUCACCUGUGACGUUCCAUUCUAUGCGCAGCAUGGUGGAAGAUUUCAUAACAAAAAGAUCGAAGAUCCCCAACGCUGCAUUGAUCUGUUUUACUCAGAUCCCACCUUCAUAUAUCUCAAUCAUGAGGCCAAAGAUGUCAGGAUCGACUUUGACGAUGACACUCACGCCCUGCUGAAGGUCUUCGGGUCGCCAUACUCUCCAGCAAAAGGAUUCUGGGCUUUUGGCUAUGACCCAGAAACAGCUUCUCAGUUAUGGAGCCAGAUUCCCCUGGGCGCAGAUCUCGUCAUUACACAUGCUCCAGCAAAGGGUCAUCGUGAUCGGUGUAGUACACGUGAUACUGCAGGGUGCGACAAAUUACUGGCUGCCCUGUCACAAGUUCGACCGAAGAUCUUUGUCUGUGGACAUAUCCAUGAGGGCUAUGGUGUCGAAAUUGUCACAUGGGACUUGUCGAGUUCAAUUGGUCAAUCUAAAGAAAACAGUGUGCGACAGUUGGAAGACCAAGCUCCCGAGAGCAAGAAGCUAUUCGUUGUCGACUUAUCAUCGCGGUCACGGGAUACCGCUUUGCAGAACGAUUGCAGUAUCGGCCAAAUCGACCCGGAAUCGGAGAUUGACUCGACUUCAGAUAUUAACUCAGAGAUUGGGCGCCGUGGUAAAGCUCAGACUUGCAUCGUCAACGCGGCCUUUAUGGCUUCGAAUUGGCCGCAUAAAGAUGGGAAGGCAUUUCACAAGCCUGUUGUCAUUGAUAUCGACCUCCCUAUCCUACAGAACCCUGUUCCCCCGACUGACACUACUCCUGAAUCUUCGUCGAACAAGCAGGCUGAUCGAAGUGAUAUUCGUUUGCUCGAUGGCUAA